UGCCGAUCGGUCUGCUGAUGGGGACCAAGAGGGGAACGGACCGGGUGUACAACGCCACAAUGAAGCCGUCGUUCGGCAGGGGCAAAGAGAGAGGCAAGACGGAGACGUUCUGGAAGGCCUUGUUCCACCAACUCGUCGAGAGGCAGGGGUUCCUUGAAGCGGUGUCGUUCUCGAGCGAAAACGGCGGGCGGAGCGGGACGACCUACCGCUUGACCCGCAAGGGGAGGAGCUUCCUCCAGGUCACCAAGGAGAAGCUCCCCAUGUCUUUCACGCCUUCCGAUGAACUGGCGACGGAGGGUAGGCGUUUUAGGACGGCCGCCGCGCGUCCCGCGGACGGCUACCCGCAAACCAACGCCGCACGCCACGGGCUCUCCGAGGAAGAGCAGAAAGUGCAUGCGCUCCUGUUGAACCUCAGGAAAAAGAUUGCGGAUCGCACGGGCGAGAUGCCGUACAACGUCAUGGGGGGCGCCGUGGUUAGGGAGCUGUCGAAGAGGAGGCCGGUCGAUCUCGCCACGCUCACGUCGGUGGGCGGCAUGGGGGAGACGAAGAUUAACAAGUACGGGGCUGAGAUCAUCGAGGUGCUGAAGGCGGCGUGCGCUGACCUGAAGCUGGAGAGCAACGUGGCCGCGGCGCCCGUGCAGGAGGCUCCGUGGCUGACAACAUCGCGAGAAGACGAGCCGUUGACUUCGGUGCAGCAACUUGCCCACGAGGCUUACAUGAGACAAGACUCCCUGACGCUGGAGCAGGUGGCCGCCAGGAUGCCGCGACCGGUGGCUAUUGGGACGUUCGCGGGCCACCUUGCGGCGUGCUUGCAGGCAGGCUUGACGUUCGCGUGGGACCGCCGGCGCCUCGGCAUCGACCUUGACCUGGAGCUCAAGAUCCUGGACAUCCUGGACGGCUUCAAGCAAGAAGGGCACGACCCGCUGGCCUCAGGCUUUCGGCUUAAGCCAAUCUUCGAGAGGCUGCCUCCAGGCACAGAGAGCAAGACCGCCUACAGCAUGAUCAGACUGGUGCUGGCGAGGCUACGCUUCGAAAGCGGGGGAGGGCGGCUCCCGGGGUCGGGGGGCGAGGUGCUCCGCCCUCGAGCAAACGCCGCGGCCGCCGCCGUCGCGCCGUCUUCCGGCGGCAAGAAGCGAGCACUGCCUUCAUGGGCAGGAGGCGCAGCCGGCGGCACCGGCGCGCCCCCUCCUGCCAAGCGGGUAUCCCCGCCCAAGGCGGCCUCGGUUUGGUCCCCAGCCUCGAGAAACAGCGGCGGCGACAGCAGAGGCGCCGGCGCCGGCGGCCGUAGCGGUAGCGGUAGUGUCCUCUUCACACCGUCCUACGCGACGACGCCGUCGCCCCAAGCCUCGUCUGCCUCCUCCUCGAGGAAGCUAGCCUCGUCGGCCGCGUCCACGAAGGUUUUCACGCCUCCUUCUUCGCACGGGCCGUCACCGCGAUCGACGGCAUCGUCUUCAGCGGCGGCGGGGGCGGUGGCGGUGUCGCCCCCGACUGCCGCGGCGAGACUCUUCACGCCAUCAUACGCGCCGUCCGCUUCUGUGUCGGGCAAGGCGCGGCGGCAGCCGGGCGAUGUUGCCGUGGCCGAUGUCGGCCAUAAACCGCAGCCGUGGACGCCGGAGGUUGUGCUGAGGCUGAUCAAGGAAGCCGGCCCGUCAGGAGCGACCUUCGAGACCAUGGUUUCGGCGAACCCUGGAGGAAAUGAAAAGGCGCUGAGGACGUUGCUCGACAGCAUGCAGGAGGACUUUGUGCUUUUCACAAAGCCGGCAGGAGCGAGUGGCGGAGCACCGACCUUUCUGGCUCUGUAGCCUCAAGUGCAAGAGAGAGCGAACGUACGCUCAUCAUCCUGAGAUUCAUCCGAGCUAUGCAUAUGCACGUGUAAAUUUUCGGAGUCAUGGGAAAUGACCAUCAGAUCAUCGAUGUUUCGCACUGGUACUGAGUUGCUCUGAAGCGUCAGGCAAGGAAAAGGGGCCAUCCCCCCCGUACUGGGAGCAGAACCCACCCUUCUUGCUGCCGGUUUUUUCAUAUGUUGGCCAUUUCGUGCACCCUGGAUGGCCGCACCUAGUACCACGAACAAGGGCCAUGCCCUGCUGCGCGUGCUCAGGAAUAGUUGGCAUUCGUCUUAGGUGACCACGGGUUGGGGUUGGUGCGUCAAAGUUGUGCCAAAAGGAAAUCAAUGGCGCCCAGAAAAGAUCGAGGCCACAAGUCAAGCAAUGAUAUAGUGAGCGAUUGGGGCCAAAUUUUCUAAUUUAGAGUAUGUCUUGGUGUGGGGACCACUCCCUCCCUUAGUGUUAUGUCUUCCUUGGGUUGUGUCGACUUUUGGGUCAGCUUGUGACCACGAUGACGUGAUGGUUUGCCGUGAGGGGUGGGCAGCCGAGUUUAUGGGUAGAGGCCCGAGCGAUAAUUCACGUCAUCACGAUAAGAACCACAGCAGCAGCAACGGCAACAGACCGACAGCAUUCUAGCUGUAGCCCCCAGGCUCUCCCGCUGUUUCUCAGG